UCAAAUGUGACAAAAUUCACGAAUAUCACAAAAUGACAAAUUGAUCAACCAGCUGUGUGAUUUCUAAAAAUUGCGUCUUAUUUGUAAUAAUAUUCCUUAUCUAAACUUUUGUUUUUAGCUACAUUUCAUUGUAAAUUCAUAAAGUUACGAGAAAUAGUUGUGAAAAUGGCGUACGCCUACCUUUUCAAAUAUAUCAUCAUUGGCGACACAGGUGUUGGAAAAUCAUGUCUACUUCUGCAAUUCACGGACAAAAGGUUCCAGCCUGUUCACGACCUAACAAUAGGAGUAGAAUUUGGGGCCCGGAUGAUUACGAUUGACGGGAAGCAAAUCAAACUUCAGAUAUGGGACACAGCUGGGCAAGAGGCAUUCAGAUCAAUCACAAGGUCGUAUUAUCGCGGUGCGGCGGGUGCCCUCCUAGUGUAUGACAUCACACGGCGGGAGACAUUCAACCACCUGACAACCUGGCUUGAAGAUGCGCGCCAACAUUCCAACUCCAACAUGGUCAUAAUGCUUAUUGGCAACAAGAGUGAUCUGGAAUCACGUCGUGAAGUGAAGAAGGAGGAAGGCGAGGCAUUCGCUCGCGAACACGGGCUGGUCUUCAUGGAGACCUCGGCGAAGACUGCCGCCAACGUGGAAGAGGCCUUCAUCAACACCGCCAAAGAGAUCUAUGAGAAAAUACAAGAGGGAGUCUUUGAUAUCAACAAUGAGGCGAACGGCAUCAAGAUCGGGCCGCAGCACUCGCUGGGCGGCGGCGCAGCGGCGGGCGGUGCGGCGGCGGGCGGCGCGGCGGGCGGCGGCUGCUGUUAGGUGCUGCGCUGCACACACUGAGCGGGGACGAGCGGAGCGGCCGGACAGUCGGAAGAGGAGGGGUGCAGCUGUGUGCAACGAACAAUGGUACGAAAACUUGUAUGCCGGAUUAUUAGAUUAUUUUGUAUGCUGCAGAAUAUAGCUUGUAUCUCAGCUCAUUAUAAUAUUAUGCUAAGCCAUUUGGGCAUUUUAACUUAAAGAAUAAUUCAGUCUUAUCCAUAUACACUUGGAGAAUCUGUCUUCUCAAUGAGAUUUAGAUGCUACCUUCCUAUUAUGAUGUUUCGCAGAUGCUAAAAACUUCAACUAUCUUUGAGUAUGCAUUUGAUAGUCAUCACUUAGGCAUCAUUUUCAUAAUUUCGAGUCCGCAAUGAACUGUGGCGUUAUAUAAAAUUAGAAAACAUUAUCCAUACAUAUGCAUAAGUACGCCGGUUCAUACAGCGUAACCCUACCUGGAAUAAAUUAAGUUUAUUUGACCAAUGUAGCUCUUACCAUGAAAGUUGAAAACGAUUUUUGCAGUAUAAUCACAAUUCUGUUGAUUAUUUGUAGAACAGUUAUUCUUUCAUGGUAUUUAACCAUUUGGGCGACAUAGCAGUAUGUUAUGUGUAUGAUAGAUCCUUCACAAACGAAGCUUUUAUGUAUUUUGUGUAUAUGUACAUUAGUGUCAAAUUAUUUCAAACAUUUGUCAUCUGGCAUUUAUUUCAAAGUACCUACAUGCAUGAUAUGUACGUACCUACAUAGUACCAAAUUAUUGUUUUAUCGAAAUUUUAUUUAUGUCGAUUGGUAUGGAAUUCUGGAUAGUGAAUGGCUGGGCAUUGGUACAUAUUGCGUAAAUUAGUUCAUAUUGAUUAAGUUUACAAGUAUUUAAAGAAAAUCUAUAUUUUACCGUUGUAAACAAUUAUUUAAUUGAGAUCUCUGUAAAGAUGGAAGAAAAACUAUGUGUUGAAUAUUUUAUUAAUUUAAAUUCUGGAAAUGUGAUUAUUUGUUACCUCUGACCUUUCAUACCUUGCAUUGUAAAAUUUUCCUUUUUAUUCUGACCCCAAACAAUCUUUAUAGGCAGUAUAUGCUUUAGGUGAUGGCCUAUUUAAAUUUAUUUGCACAAGGAAAAUAUGGCAGAUUGAGCAUCUUAUUAGGUCUUUCAAGAUUGGAAUUGUAAUCUAAAGGGACUGCUUGCAAGGUAAUGAAAGACAUGAUUACAAAAUAGGUUAUUUUUAAGUUUAGCACAUUGUAAUAUGAUAAAAUAUUUUGUAAGGUUACAAUAUGCAAACACAUUUGUAAGGUGUAAUUCAUGAGUAAAUGUCAAAAAACCAA